CGCGACUCAACGAACGUUAAUAAAUUUACUUAAUUCCACUUACACCGCUCCGGACCAUUUCGCCUUGUUCAACUCAUUCUAUAACAACGAAUACUCAGGAUGGAUAGAGAGGACGGGAAUCACAGCCCCAAGAGGCGAAAAAUCGAUUUUAAUCCACUACGCUCCGAUGACCGCUAUACUUCUCUUCCAAACCGGAGUUACUCAUCUCGACCACACGGCCGCUUCCAACAUGCCUCCAGCUCGCGCGCUUCCACUCCUCGCGCCCAAUCGAAUUACGCCUCCACCCCGAAGCAGCACGAGUUCGAUGGCCCGGAGCCGCUCGUCAGUACAGAUGAACAGAAUGCCCUUGACCGCGACUGGUAUACCGGCGACGAGACUGGCGGACAUACGUUUGGCGAUGACUCCCAUAACCCUUUCGGAUCGUACGACACCUCUUGGGUCGAGCAGCAACAGCGAGAGGCCGAGUUGAUCGAGAAGAAAUCUGGACGACAUAUGAACGCGCGCCAACUUCAGAGGCAAAAGGACAACGACGCCUGGGAAACUAAUCGUAUGCUUACCUCUGGUGUCGCUCAGAGACGUGCGCUCGGAGAUGAUUUUGAAGACGAAGACGAGGGCACUCGUGUCCAUCUACUAGUCCACGACCUGAAGCCGCCAUUCUUAGAUGGACGGACUGUAUUUACCAAACAGUUGGAGCCGGUCCCGGCUGUUAGGGAUUACCAGAGCGAUAUGGCCGUGUUCAGUCGGAAAGGAAGUCGUGUGGUGAGAGAAAGGAGGCAGCAGAGGGAACGCCAACGGCAUGCUAAAGAGGCUACGAAUAUGGCUGGUACCGCUCUUGGAAACGUAUUGGGUGUGAAGGAGGAUGAGGGCGACAGCGCCCUCCCAAUAGCAACGGAAGAAGACGCACCGAAGUCCGGCGACAACAAGUUCAGCGAGCACAUGAAAAAGAACGACGCUGCGAGCGCGUUCAGCCAGAGCAAGACCCUGAAGGAGCAAAGAGAGUUUUUGCCUGCCUUUGCGGUCCGAGAGGAUUUGUUAAGGGUUAUUCGAGACAACCAAGUUGUUAUCGUUGUUGGCGAGACGGGUUCGGGGAAAACGACACAGCUUACACAGUUUCUAUACGAAGACGGGUAUGGUAAGCUGGGCAUGAUAGGGUGCACUCAACCUCGACGAGUGGCGGCGAUGAGUGUAGCGAAGCGUGUGGCCGAGGAGAUGGAGGUCAAAUUAGGCAGCACGGUUGGCUACGCUAUUCGAUUUGAAGACUGUACCAGUAAAGACACAGUCAUCAAGUAUAUGACCGACGGUGUCUUACUACGAGAAUCGCUCAACGAGAGGGACCUGGAUCGUUACUCGUGUAUUAUUAUGGACGAAGCUCACGAAAGAGCGCUUAAUACGGACGUGUUGAUGGGGCUUUUCAACAAGAUCUUACAACGCCGACGAGAUCUCAAGCUGAUUGUUACCUCUGCCACCAUGAACUCGAAGCGAUUUUCGGAUUUCUUUGGCGGCGCCCCCGAGUUUACCAUCCCUGGUCGAACUUUCCCUGUUGAUAUUAUGUUCCAUCGUUCGCCCGUCGAAGACUACGUCGAUCAAGCCGUCCAGCAGGUACUUGCGAUCCACGUUUCGAUGGGCGCUGGUGACAUUCUAGUGUUCAUGACGGGACAGGAGGAUAUCGAGUGCACGUGCGAACUAGUGCGAGAACGCUUAGACGCUUUAAAUGAUCCACCAGAGCUAAGCAUCCUCCCAAUUUACAGUCAGAUGCCAGCAGAUUUGCAAGCCAAAAUUUUCGAUCGGGCACCUCGGGGGGUGCGGAAAUGUAUUGUGGCUACUAAUAUUGCAGAGACGAGUUUGACAGUCGAUGGUAUCAUGUACGUGGUGGACGCAGGGUACUCGAAAUUAAAGGUAUAUAACCCUCGGAUGGGUAUGGACACGCUCCAGAUUACACCGAUAUCACAAGCGAAUGCUGGUCAACGUGCAGGCCGUGCCGGUCGAACAGGGCCUGGUAAAGCGUUCCGCUUAUACACGGAGAAGGCGUUCAAAGACGAGCUUUACAUUCAGACGAUACCUGAAAUCCAAAGGACGAACCUCAGCAAUACAGUGCUUUUACUAAAGUCAUUGGGCGUUCGGGACUUGCUCGACUUUGAUUUUAUGGAUCCGCCACCACAGGAUACCAUUACCACAUCCCUUUUCGACCUCUGGGCCUUAGGUGCGCUAGAUAACCUGGGAGAGUUGACGGAUCUUGGUUCCAAGAUGAAUGCUUUCCCUAUGGACCCAUCUCUGGCUAAACUCCUCAUCAUGUCGGAGGAAUAUGGCUGUAGCGAGGAAAUGGUCACUAUCGUCUCUAUGCUCUCCGUUCCUAACGUCUUCUACCGUCCGAAAGAACGACAAGAGGAGUCGGACGCUGCGCGCGAGAAAUUCUUCGUGCCUGAGUCCGACCAUCUGACUUAUCUCCACGUGUAUUCGCAAUGGAAGACCAAUGGCUAUUCGGACGGUUGGUGUACGCGACAUUUCUUACAUCCGAAGUCGCUGCGUAGGGCAAAGGAGAUCAGAGACCAGCUCCUUGAUAUCAUGAAGAUGCAAAAGAUGCAGAUGAUCAGCUGCGGUACAGAUUGGGAUAUCAUCCGCAAGUGCAUUUGCUCCGGUUACUACCAUCAAGCAGCGAAAGUCAAGGGUAUAGGGGAGUAUAUCAAUCUACGCACGUCGGUUACCGUUCAGCUCCACCCUACGAGCGCUCUGUACGGUCUCGGCUUUCUACCCGACUACGUUGUCUACCACGAGCUUAUCCUCACCUCGAAAGAGUACAUGUCCACGGUAACGUCUGUCGAUCCCCACUGGCUUGCGGAGCUGGGCGGCGUAUUCUACUCUGUGAAGGAGAAAGGGUACUCGGCGCGAGAAAAGCGCAUCACGGAGACCGAGUUCAACCGCAAGAUGGAGAUCGAGGCGAAGAUGGCGGAGGACAAGCGCAGAUACGAGGAGCAGAAGAAACUAGAGGAAGAGAGAGCGGCGAAGAAGCCGACAGCUAACAAGGAGGUUAAGAAGAUUAUUACGUCGGGCGCGGUGAAGAAACCCGUAGCCAAGAGGAAAGGUAGGGGGUUUUAGAAGGGGGCUAGGUUAACGAUGUUUGGAAUAAUUAUGAUAUCUGCAUAGCAUAGCAUAACAUAGGUAACCAUUUGAAUAAGGUAAUUAACUUAUACAUUU